UAAUUUUUUUGAUAUCUAUGGGUAUUUUAUGUUGUUUUCCCUAUAAUUUUGGCAUAACAAAUGCCCAAAGUAGCACAGUUUUCUUUUGUUCCUUUUUCAUCCGAAGAGUAAAGUGGAUUUACCCAAUUUUUUCACCUCGACUCAGCUUAACUCUUGUCGCCAUCGACUAGGAAACAUGUUCCAUCUCCGGCAAUUCAUUUGCUCCAUCUUACUUGCUUUCGUACUCUACUCUUCUCUUCAGGCACAGGCAAAUUCCUCUAUCUCUUCAAGACCCACUUCCCGUUUCUCAAUCGCUCUCCAAACCCUUCAAAGUCGAAUCCAGUACACAUUUCAGGAUGUGGAGUUACUGCGACGUGCGAUGACGCACGCAUCAUACUCUGGAGAGAACAAUAGAGCUUUGAGCAUUUUGGGAGAGAAGGUAAUUGAGGGUUCAGUUUCUCUGCAAUUGCUCAGCAAGAACAUCGAUAUGUCACCCAAGGAUCUCAACCGGGCUAUUGUGGAUCUAUCUUCCAAUGUGGUAACAUCGUGUGUUGCUGACGGAGAGCGCCUAGAUUUGCAGAAGAUAAUCAGGGUAUCACGGAAGACCAAUUCGUCGGCUCCUGCAGUGGUUUGUGGUGCUUUCCGGGCAAUGUUUGGAGCAAUUGCGAUUGACAAGAGUAGCUUGGAUAGUGCUGGAAAGGUAUUCUUGAGCGUUCAUGGGAAAGGCAUGGAGAAAGCUGUGGCGAUGUAAGUAAAGUGAUGGUGAUGUAGAUGUUGAUGUUGGCUGAUAUAUUUCUAGUCAGAGGGAACUUUGUUUAUUAGAAUGUCUUAAUGAGUUGCACUCUGUGUUUAGCUUAGUAUGUGCUAUGUAACUAGUUGACUUGGUAAUAAUUAAACUUAUGCUGUGUAUCUAAAUUGUUUGUGUGCACUGCAAGUGGAGACCUUUUUUUAUAUAACGGAGA